GACGUCCCGCUCGCGCCACUUGUCGUCUGCUCCGUCCGUCACCGCCGCCGUUCCCUGCCGCGUUUAUUUUGCAUUACUCCGAGUCAUCGUUGCGAUCGCCGUGCGUGUCAGCGGAAUGUUCGACGGUGGAUAAAGAGCGAGGCGAGCGAGCAAGGAUGUUGCUGUACACGCUGAUCGGUGGCUACAUGCUGACCUCGAUGAUAUUGUUCAAAUAUCCUACCUUGCUGCACAAGAAAAAGAAAGUGAAGUUUCUGUGCCAGCACAUUAGCCACCGGGGCGGAGCGGGCGAGAGCUAUGAGAACACGAUGUGCGCAUUUAGACGAGCGGUGGCGAUCGGGACUCAAAUGUUGGAGCUGGACUGUCACCUCACGAGGGACGGCGAAGUGGUGGUCUCGCAUGAUCAGAAUCUCAUUCGCAGCACUGGCGUGGACAAGAACAUCUCCGAGCUGGAUUACAAGGAUCUGCCGCUCUUGAAGCAACGCCUACCGAUCGAUUUCGAUCCAGAUGUCGAGUAUGUCGGUUCUGCGAGGGAGGAGGAUCGGCAAUUCGCGCUGCUACGAGAAGUCUUUGAGGCAUUCCCUGAUAUUCCUAUUAACAUUGAUAUUAAAAUCAACGAUGAUCGACUUAUAUCCAAAGUCUCCGAUCUCAUAAAAGAAUACAAGAGGGAGGAUUACACAGUCUGGGGAAACUUUAGUGAUGAAGUCACACAGAAAUGCUACAAAAUGAAUCCAAGUGUGAACUUGCUAUUUUCGAUGCAACGUGUGACAAUGUUAAUAUUUCUUAUGUAUACCGGUUUGUUGCCAUUUGUACCAUUGAAAGAAACCCACCUUGAAAUCUUUUUACCUUCGAUCUAUUUGCGGCGUAUGGGUGGCCCAAGUCCAACAUUUUUACCAUUGGAAAAAUUAGUUGUACGUACAAUUAAUAUUCUGCUAAUGAGACCGUGCUUAUUUAAUCAUUUAAGAGCACGAGGCAUACAUGUGUACUUUUGGGUCUUAAAUAAAGAUGAAGAGUUUAAGAAAGCAUUCGAGCUGGGAGCAACUGGUGUGAUGACAGAUUAUCCGACAAGAUUGAAGUCAUUUUUGAAGAAUCAGGUGAUGGAGUAAGAUGCUGGUGAUAUUUUAUUAUUUUUAAGGAUCCAUCCUCAGCAUCCAUCACCGAGCAAGACGAAGUAUUGAAGUAGUAUUGAGGUUCGCAGAGUUAAUUACGUACAAGAAAGAGAUAUCCGCCAUGAUAUAUGUCAGAACAUAUAUGAGCUAUACAGAACAGAGUAGUAUAUUUUUUAUAAGCGAAGCAGAACUACUCGCUUAUGUUCUGUGUAUAAAUGCCAAUUUGAACGACUUUCACCAUAAUUAUUUCGCCAUAAGAAGUUCGUACAAAUCGAUUUUACUAGAUUGCGUACGCAACGUCUUUGCACACUAUAAUUUGUUAUAUUAGCUUUAUAUUAAUCACACAAGUAUUCAUACGAGCAUCCAUCCACGCGAAA